ACAGGGCGGUUAGCUGACUUUAAAUAUGUGUCGCGUCGUCCGGCUUAAAUACUGUGUAUACACUACAAGCUUGUGAGACUGACGAGGCUUGGCGUGGACAAAGUGGGUGGGACUGGACGCGCUGGACGUCCAACUCCGCCUUCCCGCAGGCUGCAGUCAGUAGCAGUUGGUUAUUUUUCUUCUUCUGCUGCCGUUGCUGAGGAACGCCUGCUCAGCUUCCUGUAAUUGGUCCGAAAGUCCGCAGCAUCCAGAAAAGCGCUUUUACACUGCAGGUCAAAACAACUGGCUGUGUCACACUGCUUACACAGAGAGGCACCAUGAUACCGUCUUCAGUCAUCAUCAUCCUCAACCUGGCUGCGUUGUGCACCACAUUUGCCCUUUCAGAGACGUCAGCUCCACUUAUUGAUGAAAAGCCUUUUGUGAUCAUAUGGAACGCCCCAACCUCCAAAUGCCAACAACUGAAGAUCCCAUUGGACUGGUCUGCUUUUCAGGCCAUUACCACACCAGCCAAAGUCCAUAACCAAACCCUGACGCUGUUCUAUAAGAAAAGAAUAGGCCUCUUCCCUUAUGUAGACCUUCAAACCAUGGAACAGUACAAUGGUGGCAUUCCGCAAAGGGGUAACCUAUCAGCCAGCCUAAAGAAAGCUGAAGCAGAGUUCACCCGCUAUCUCCCAAGCUCUUCACCUGGCCUUGCUGUCAUUGAUUGGGAAGAGUGGCUUCCUUUCUUUGACCAAAAUGUGGGCUUAAGAGAGAUCUAUAAGGAGCUGUCCCUUAACCACACUCUUGAGCAGGAUGCUUCUCUAAGCAGGCAGCAGGCCAAAAGCAAAGCCAAGCAGCAGUUCCAGACCACUGCCAGAGAUUACAUGGAGAAGACCCUGAAGUUAGGAAUUACUCUCAGACCACAGUAUCUCUGGGGCUUCUACUUGUUCCCUGACUGCAACAACUAUGAUUUUGAGAAUCCAGGCUAUACAGGGAAAUGCCCACAGAACACAACACAGUUAAAUACUGAACUCCUCUGGCUCUGGAAAACAAGUACAGCACUGUUUCCUUCAGCAUACAUACCAGAGUCCAUCAGUGGAAGCCAGAAGGCAGCACUGUUUGUCCGUCACCAGGUGAAAGAGGCACUGAGAGUCGCAGCCUUGUCUCAGCGACCCUAUACUGCCCCGGUUUAUGUGUACCUGAGGCCUUUGUUGCGGGACCAGAAAGAAGAGUACAUGCAGGAGGUUGACCUGGUGAGGAGUGUUGGGGAGAGUGCAGCUCUAGGAGCUGCUGGAUGUGUGCUGUGGGGCUCCAGUUAUGAUUAUAAUGACAUGACAUCAUGUGAAGCCCUUUCUACAUACUUUUCCAAGACUCUAAACCAGUACAUUGUGAACAUCACCGCUGCAACGCGUCUCUGCAGUGACAUGCUCUGUCAGGGUAAUGGACGCUGUGUUCGUAAAAACUCUGAUUCUGAUGACCACCUUCAGCUUAACCCCAAGAGCUUCAACAUCCAGAACAUUGCUGGGAAAUAUACUAUCACUGGGACACCUUCCAGCAGUGACCUGACUGACUGGGCCAACAAGUUCACCUGCCAGUGCUAUGAAGGCAGAAUCUGCUCUGGUAAAAUAUCAUCUGGGUUAUUAUCCAGUAUGUAUGACAGUAAAACUGUGCUCCUGACAGUGCUCCUUCCAGUAUGCUUACUGUUUAAAUCAUUGUAGUUUUUAAUGUUUGUUACAAUACCUGGUUAUGAAACUUUUACCACAACUGUUACAACAAUUAAAGAACAAAACAAUACAAAAUCA